AUGUCAACAAAUGGAGUCAAAGUAUCUACAAACAAACCUUCGGCCUCGUCAUCUACAGUUCAAAUUACUAAAGAUGUAUUAACCACUUGCCAUCCUACUAAAUCUUUCAACUACCAUCAGGGGACAUCAAUUACUUCAUUAAAUUUUGAUGAUUCCGGUCAAUUUUUAAUUUCUUCAGGGAUUGAUAAAUCAAUUCAACUAUAUGAUUGCCAUAAAGGAACUCACUACAAGGAUAUACAGUCUCAAAAAUAUGGUGCUCAUUCUGCAAGAUUCACUCAUGAAGGUUUGAAUUGUUUAUAUGCGUCAACUUUAGAUCCUUCUGUAAGUGAAGGGAAUGAAGACACUAUUAGGUAUCUUUCAUUGUCUAAUAAUCAAUACAUACGAUAUUUUAAAGGUCAUAAAGCUCAAGUAUCAAAUAUAGAGGUUAAUCCGGUUCAAAACACAUUUGGAAGUUCUAGUUUUGAUGGAACAGUCAAAUUUUGGGACUUAAAGUCUCCUUCAGCUAUUGGGAAUAUCGCCGUAGGUCAAAAUUCAGUUAUAUCUUUCGAUCCUCAUGGAGUAGUUGCAGCGAUUGGUAAAUAUCCAAUCGGGAGUCUGCAAACUGGAAAGAUUGGAUUGUAUAAUUUAAAAUCAUUUGACAAAGGACCAUUUGUUGAAGUAGAAAUACCUUGUUUACAGAAUCAAAUUUGGAAUAAGUUGGAAUUUUCAAAUAAUGGUAAACUCCUACUAAUAUCAACUGAUUCAAGGGAGCAUUACAUAUUAGAUGCUUUUCUGUUGAAAUUAUUAGCAAUUGCUAAACUAUCAUUUCGAAAAGAUUCCACCUGGAUGUCAACUGCUUAUCCAUACAGCGGAAGUUGCACUUUCACACCUUGUGGAAGAUUUUUACUCAUUGGAAGCCCAAAGGCCAUAAUACAUAUAUUUGAUUUGACGGAUUUAAAAACCGAUCUGAUUAAGCCUACCAUAUUAACGAGAUCGAAUGACGUGGUUAAAUCAAGUGUGGGUCUACCUAAAAUUGUCUUAUUCAACCCAAGGCUUUUCAUGUUUGCAACAGCCGACACCACUGUUAAUUUAUGGCAAACAUUGGAUGAGUAG